CUAGAGGUAAUACGAAAUGUCAUUCUUGUUAUCGUUAUGGUUGAGGACGGUCUUGAAUAUAAACAACAGCGUAGCUCAUCUGUGUGCUUAGCUCUUGUUGGGAAAGAAGACAAAAAUAAUCCGGUUACACUUGAGCAAAUUCGUAAAAAAUCAGUCAAAUUUCCCGCAGUGAAUGACUUAGUUACAAAAGCAAUAGAACCUGAAAAUCCUUGGUUAAAUAGACGACGUCUGUCCCCUCAAGAGUUAAUCUCCACUUAUAAACUUCGUUGUGAUACGUCUAAGAUUCAACCUUUGUACAGUGUUAUACUACAGUUGGAGUCUAUAGAUCUUACACAGUCAUUGGCUCGAAGACCUUUAUUCGAUCUUAAAGGUUGCCAGCUUAAUGAAGGACAUAUUGAUAUGCUUGAAAAUGUCUUCAGACAUGUUCAGUUUAAGUACUUGAAUCUGGAAAACACAAAUCUUGAUGAUGAGUCAAUCGAGUCAUUAUGUGAUAUAGUGAGUCAUUAUGAAACAUGUACAGAAUUAUGUUUAGCUCGUAAUCCUCACGUUACGCCUAAUGGUUGGCGACUAGCAGCUAUUCUGUUUCGACGGAUGGCUGGUUUACAAUGGCUUGAUUUGAGAGGAAACAAUUUGGAUCUACGUUGUGUGCAGGAUUUAUCCGGGUCUCUUCGAGGUUUUCCUACAGAAGGAACUACAAGACGGAUUGUAAAAAAACAGCACUACAUAUAUUGCUAUUCACAACCUGCGGGUUCUUGUAAAUCACGCGGCAGAGGUCUUCUUGAAGUUAACAGACAUUCAUCUUGUUCAGAUCCGUUUUAUAGUUUCCGAAAAACACCAAGUGCUUCUUCUUCUUUUUCUUCUCCUCGUGGUCUACAUUUGGGUAAUACAGGUGUCAAUGGAGAAUUAUUACAAUCACUAGCACCAGGAUUACGUUUGGGUUGUAUUACUGAUCUCCGUUUGCCUAACAAUGGAAUAACUGGAGGUGAUGCUAAAUUUCUUGUCCCUUUACUGCGAUAUAGUGUACAUCUCAAAUAUUUAGAUCUCAGUGCAAAUUUUCUUGGGGAUUUAGGCUGCUUAAUAAUAUCUGAAGCAUUGGCUACACCAUGUUAUUCAUCUGAAAAUUGUAAUCUUAACAGGAAAUUUGGCUUAAUUCGACUAUUUUUAUCAGAGAAUAGGAUAACAUCUUCAAGUAUGAGUACAUUGGCCAGAGGAUUAACACGUUGUACACGUUUAACUACCUUACAAUUAUGCGGCAAUACAAAUAUUGGAUCUAUUGGUUUACGUGCAUUAAAAUCAGGUCUUAUUAACUCGCCACGUUUAAAACGUCUAGGUAUUGCUUUCUGUGGAAUUGAUAAUCAAGGCGCUUUACACAUAUCAGAAAUACUGACAAAAACAAAAUCACGUUUUACACUAAUCGAUUUAACUGGUAAUUUAAUCGAUUCAGAAGGAAGUCUCACUAUAGCUAAGUGUUCAACUUAUUUAAAUGAAGAAGUUAAAAUAAAAGGCUUAGAAGAGCUACAGAUAUCAUCUUUAAUGCAGUGUGCAUUAGAAGCUUCCAAAAAGGAGAAUGGAGGUGAUAAUGUUGAUUCACAGACUAAUAAUUCACAAGUUCAAGAUGCUGUUACAAAUCUACUUCAAUCUACUGAGCGAUUUCUUCCUGCCAAUAAUAAUAAUAAUAAUAAUACUAAUAACAAGCAUAAGAAUUCACUCAUUUCUUCAAUCAAAUUGGGCAGUUAUAGAAAGACGAAAUUUCAUUCAGCGCCGGGAUUUCAAUAUACCAAUAAAUCUUUUCUAGACUGUGAUCCACGUUAUUUAUGGGGGGAUAGUUCAGACAAUGAUACUGAUGAUGAUAAUAGUAAUAAUAAUAAUAAUAAUGAUAAUAAUAACAAUAAUGCAGAUAAUGACGCUAAUGACAACAGUGAUGAUGAUGACACUGUGAACACUAACCCGAAUACACUUUACAGGCGAAGAAAGAAAAUUAACGCUUCAGGAACAAAUAAGUGUAUAAGAAAACAUUCAGUCAUUUGAGUAUCAGUAGAAUAAAUUUUUAUCCACCCCAGUGUGAAUUUCUAUUGUUAUUAGGCAGCUUUGUAAAUGUAGCACACACACACACACGCACGCGCACACUCACAGACCCAGAAUAUUCCCCGUCUUAGUGCAAGGCUUCCUUCCUUGCAUAGUGUGAUCAAAAUAUUUUUCCAUUAUCUAUCUGAUCUGAUCUGAUUGUUUGAUUGAUCGGAAUACCUCCCCUCUUCUUCUUCUUUUGUUGUUGUUGUUGUUGUUCUUGUUGUUGUUGAGUGUAUUAUAGAUGUUUGUAUUGUACAAAAAAGAGAGAAGAGAUGUAAUUCAACCAUUAUUGUGAUUUUGUCUUCAUUCCAUAUUUUCCCACAUAUAUUUUUUCACAAAGAGAUCAUUUUCAUUAUUUAGUUAGAAGAAAUUCAAUUGAUGUUUCUUUUCUAUUCUUAUUUGUCGCCUGUAUAAGCCAAGAUAUUUUUAUGAAUUAAAAUUGUUU